AGUUUCCCCGGACGUUUUAACGGGUGCACUGUACGUCCUUGAUAGCCGUGGAGCUAAACUGCACAGGGAGGUCAGAGGUUUGUAGCUCAAAAACGGCUGAAGAUGGGCUUUAGUUUACCCGAAGAGGCUAAAGCUCUCCCACCCCCGGGAAUCUUGAACAGAAACUCUCUGUGGCUCGGCGGGGUCGGCUGGUGUGUGGCGAUGUUUCAGAAUGGUGUAAACCACAGGCCGCCUCUCAGAUCAGGUGUCCAUCGGCAGGCUCUCCUGGCUACACUCGGUUGGUUCAUUGGUUAUCAUCUGACUAAGAUUGAAAACUACACAUAUGCCAAACGUGACCAUGAGAUGUAUAGUUAUAUUAAGCUCCAUCCAGAGAACUUUGUACCAAAAGAGAAGAGGACCAUGGCUGAGAUCGUUGAGCCCUUUCAUCCUGUCCGUUAAUUGCUGGUUUCGACUUGCCAUCUUUUGGGAAUAAUAUUUUGUGAAUUUGUGGUUCUAAUGUAUGUACAUCAGUAUGUAAAUAAAAAUAAUAUGUACAUUUA